AUGCCUUUCAACACUGCCUUGACAAGGGCGCUGGGCAUCUCAGUCCCAGUGGUGCAGGGGGGCAUGCAGUGGGUAGGAUACGCGGAGCUCGCCGCGGCCGUCAGCAACGCUGGUGGACUGGGCAUCCUCACGGCUCUCACCCAACCCACCCCCGAAGACCUCCGCAAGGAGAUCCGCAGAUGUCGAUCCAUGACCAAGAAGCCAUUCGCCGUCAACCUGACCCUCCUUCCCGCCCUCGUCCCUCCCGACUACGGUGCCUACGCCCAGGUGAUUAUCGAUGAGGGCAUCAAGAUUGUUGAGACAGCAGGCAACAACCCCGGCCCCGUGAUCCAGCAGCUCAAGAAGGCCAACACAAUCAUCCUCCACAAGUGCACCACCAUCCGGCACGCGAAAUCGGCCAUCAAGCUGGGAGUGGACUUCCUGUCGAUCGACGGGUUCGAGUGCGCCGGUCACGUCGGCGAAACUGACAUUACCAACUUCAUUCUCCUCAGCCGGGCGCGCCAGGAACUCAAAGUGCCGUUCAUUGCGUCGGGUGGCUUUGCGGACGGGCAAGGCCUCGCUGCAGCGUUGGCUCUCGGGGCGGAGGGAAUCAACAUGGGCACGCGGUUCAUGUGCACGAUCGAAGCGCCCAUCCACCACAAUGUCAAGGAGGCGAUUGUCAAGGCGGACGAGACGGAUACGGCGUUGGUGCUGAGGCGGUGGAAGAACACCACCCGGUUGUUCGGCAACAAGGUGACGCAGGAGGCCCUGAAGGUGGAGAGGGAGAGCAAGACGGGCGAGUUCAGCGAGAUUGCCCCCUUCGUGAGUGGCAAACGAGGGCGGGAGGUCUUCCUGAACGGCGAUGUUGACUUCGGGGUUUGGACGGCCGGUCAGGUCAUUGGCCUGAUUCACGAUAUCCCGAGCUGCGCUCAGCUGCUCCAACGCAUCGAGAAGGAGGCCGUGGAGGCGCUGGACCGCUCCCGGUCGUUGCUCACGGCAACGGUGCCGAGCAAGUUGUAG